UUUUAUCGAGAACUAAGUGAAAAAGUACACGCUCGCAAUGCUGUUCACUAUUGCUUUACUGGGCCUACUAUCGGCCUUGGCCUACCAUUUUUACAUAAAAACCUUCAGCUAUUGGGAACGAAAAGGGGUUCCUUACGAGAAACCUCUGCCGCUGAUUGGCAACAUGAAGGGAAUCGGGUCCAAGUACCAUUUCCGGGAUAUCAACCAGAGGAUUUACGAUCAGUUCAAGGGAAAGGCUCCUAUCGCUGGAUUGUACACGUUCAUUAGGCGCACCGCCCUGAUCACUGAUCUAGACCUUAUUAAGCAGGUUAUGAUUAAGGACUUCAACUACUUUCAAGACCGUGGAGGGUUCAGUAAUCCCCGAGACGAUCCCUUAACGGGUCACCUCUUCUCCCUCGAGGGUGACGAGUGGCGAUCGAUGAGACACAAGCUUUCUCCGGUUUUCACCUCCGGAAAGAUAAAGCUCAUGACGGGAGUAAUCGUGGAGGUGGGUCAACGCCUGGGCGAUGCCAUGGAUAAGGCAGUAAAGGAGGCCAAAGUGGACGAUGGCAAUGUGGAGAUCAAGGACCUCUGUGCACGAUUCACCACGGAUGUGAUUGGAUCGUGUGCCUUUGGGCUGGAGUGCCACAGUCUUCAGGAUCCUAACGCAGAGUUCCGACAGAAGGGUCGUGAUAUUUUCACAAGACGUCGUCAUACCCAGAUAGUGCAAGUAUUUCUCUUUACCAACGCCAAGUUGGCUAAGCUGUUAAGGAUGAAAGCGUUUCCUGAUGAUAUAACUGAUUUCUUCCUGUCGACGGUGAAGAACACCGUCGAUUAUCGCCUCAAAAAUGGCAUAAAACGAAACGACUUCAUUGAUCAGUUGAUAGAGAUUCGCGCCGAGGACCAGGAAGCGGCUAAAAAGGGUAAGGGUAUCGAUCUUUCCAAAGGACUGACCCUGGAGCAAAUGGCUGCCCAGGCCUUCGUGUUCUUCGUGGCUGGAUUCGAGACCUCUUCCAGCACUAUGUCCUAUUGCCUGUACGAACUGGCCCUGCAGCCGGAAACUCAGCAGAGGGUGCGGGAUGAGAUCGAAAGUGUGCUCGCCAAUGAGGAAGGAGGGAAGCUUAACUACGACGCCCUGGCCCGAAUGUCUUACUUAGAUCAGGUGGUGGCCGAAACCCUUCGCAAGUACCCCCUUCUCCCCCAUCUCAUCAGAGAUUGCAAUAGGGAGUACAAAGUGCCCAACACAGAUAUUGUGCUCGACAAGGGCGUCAGUGUCUUGAUCCCCGUUCACAACAUUCACCACGACCCUGAGAUAUACCCCGAGCCGGAAAGGUUCGAUCCUAGUCGCUUCGAUCCGGAGGAGGUCAAAUCCCGCCACCCGAUGGCUUAUUUGCCCUUUGGCGAUGGGCCCCGCAAUUGCAUUGGGCUUCGUUUUGGAAAGGUUCAGGCGAAGGUUGGCCUCGUAUCGCUGCUUCGUCGUUUCAAAUUUACCGCUUCUAAUCGCACUGAAGUUCCUUUGAUUUUCACAAAGAAAUCUUUUCUUUUGGGUACCGAAAAUGGCAUUUACCUGAAAGUGGAAAGCAUUUGAAUUUAAAUUAAUGCCUUAAUGUAUCCAACAAAAUGUGAAAGUUUAGUCAUAAAAGCAAAUGCUGUGUAAAAAUAAAUUAAACAUAGAUUAAGACGA